AUGAUCGCAAAAAAUAACACCGAUGGUCAGCCAGCCAUCAUUCCACUGAUUGUCAACAAUGAGUCGAUCGUGACCGACGUCGCAUUUGACGUCAAGAAUCCCACCACGGGUGAAGUCAUCGAGCGUUGCGCCGGCGCCUCUGUUGACGAUGCUAACCGUGCCGUGGCCGCUGCAAAGGCUGCUUUUCCCGCUUGGAGCCAGACAAAACCUUCCGACCGCAGAGACAUUUUGAACAAGGCUGCGGAGGUCAUGCUCUCCCGGAAGGAAGAGUUGAUCCGGUACCAGAUGGAGUCAACUGGCGCGGGGCGAAUGUUUGUCGAAAAGACGUUCAUGCUCGGUGUCGGUUUCUUGAAAGACUUUGCGGCACUCAUCCCGUCCAUUGAGGGUACAAUCCCAGCGGUCAAUGGAGAGUCUGCGAUGGUCUUCAAGCAGCCGUACGGAGUAGUCCUAGGAAUCGCGCCCUGGAAUGCUCCUUACAUUCUGGGGGUGCGCGCGGUCGCUCUCCCUUUGGCUGCUGGCAACACCACCAUUCUGAAGGGCUCCGAACUAGCACCGAAAUGCUUCUGGGCAAUUGGGGACAUCUUUCGUGAGGCGGGUCUUCCUGCGGGCUGCGUGAACGUGGUCUACCACCAGACCUCGGAUGCUGCAGCCGUUACAACUGCCCUCAUUGCCCACUCAGCUGUGCGCAAGAUCAACUUCACGGGAAGCACCGUCGUUGGUUCGAUCAUCGCUUCGACGGCCGGUAAGUACGUCAAGCCGGUGCUCCUUGAGCUGGGCGGCAAAGCAUCGGCUAUCGUUCUGGAUGAUGCCAAUUUAGAGAAAGCUGCGAUGUGCUGCGCCAUGGGAGCAUUUUUGCAUUCCGGGCAAAUUUGCAUGUCCACCGAACGAAUUGUUGUGCAGCGAUCGAUUGCCGACCGGUUCAAGCAGCUUGUGGCCGAAGCGUCCGAAAAGGUCUUCGGAAAGCAUGCGCCGCCCUUAGGUCUCGUCAACUCGGCUGCUGUGAACAAGAAUAAGAGUCUGGUGGAAGACGCGCUUUCCAAGGGCGCCAAUCUCAUCUAUGGUGAACCUCAAAAUAUUGUUCCCAAUAGCCGUAGCAUGCGGCCCGUCAUCGUUGGUGAUGUGACCAAGAACAUGGAUCUAUAUGCCACGGAGUCGUUCGGCCCCACCGUGUCCCUGAUUGUGGUUGAUACCGAGGACGAAGCUGUCGCACUGGCUAACGACACCGAAUACGGCCUUACAUCCGCCGUGUUCACGAACAACCUGUUCAGGGGACUCAGGGUGGCCAGACAGAUUGAAGCCGGAGCUGUUCAUAUCAACUCGCUAACUGUGCAUGACGAGCCGGUUCUUCCGCACGGCGGCUGGAAGAGUAGCGGAUACGGCCGAUUUGGAGGCGUGGGUGGAUACGAUGAGUGGUUGCAAACCAAGACCGUGACCUGGGUGGAAUAG